AUGAGUUCUUACAUUGUGUACUUGGGAAGACAUUGCCAUGGCCUGAACCCUACAUCCCUCGAACUCCAAGCCGCUACGAAUUCUCAUUACGAUUUGCUUGGAAGUGUUUUGGGCAGCAAUGAGAGGGCCCAAGAAGCAAUGUUUUACUCCUAUACUGGCCAGAUCAAUGGCUUUGCUGCUGUCUUAGAUGAAGAAGAGGCUUCACAGAUUGCUAAGAAUCCAAAUGUUGUUUCUGUUUUACCAAACAGAAAAGUAGAACUACAUACAACUCAUUCAUGGGAAUUUAUGGAAUUAGAAGACAAAGCUGGAGUACCUCGUCCCGGUUCUCUUUGGAAGAAAGCAAAGUUUGGUGAAAAUAUUAUCAUUGGAAACCUUGACACUGGUGUGUGGCCGGAAUCAGAGAGCUUUAACGACGAAGGAUUUGGACCAAUCCCAUCCAAGUGGCGUGGAGCUUGUCUGUUUGACACCAAAGACAAAGUUCGUUGCAACAGGAAGCUAAUCGGAGCAAGGUACUUUAACAAAGGCUACUUGGCGAAUGUCAAACUCAAUAAGGACACCAUUCCACCCAGUCUUCUCGUCUCCCCUCGUGACCAGGAAGGCCAUGGCUCACAUACCCUUUCGACAGCCGGUGGCAGUUUUGUGCCGGGGGCUAAUGCUUUUGGAAAUGGAAAUGGCACUGCUAAAGGUGGAUCCCCGAAAGCUCGUGUUGCUGCUUACAAAGUGUGUUGGCCUAGUGUUGAUGGCUAUACAGAAGGAGGGUGUUUCGCUGCAGACAUCUUUGCCGCGUUUGAUGCUGCAAUCAGUGACGGUGUUGAUGUUCUUUCUUUGUCUCUUGGUGGUAAUGCUGUAGAGUUUUCGCAGGAUGAGAUCUCAAUAGGAGCGUUCCAUGCCGAUAAGCAUGGAAUCGUUGUGGUGUGCUCAGCUGGUAAUUCAGGGCCUACUCCGGGUACAGUGACUAAUGUUGCACCUUGGAUGUUAACAGUUGGAGCUAGCACCCUUGAUCGCGAAUUCACUAGUUUUCUAACCUUUGGAAGGGGGAAGCAUCUGAAGGGAACAAGUCUUUCCUCAACAGGUUUGCCAUCUAAAAAGUAUUUUCCUUUGAUAAGUGGAGCCAAUGCUAAUGCAGCUACUGCGCGUCCUGAAGAUUCCUUGCUAUGUUUGAAUGGAACCCUCAACCCAAAGAAGGUGAAGGGAAAAAUCUUGGUAUGUCUACGUGGUGGUGAUAUUUCGAGGACAGAAAAGGGCGUGAUGGCAGCCCUUGCUGGUGCUGUUGGAAUGGUUUUGGUUAAUGAUGAGGAAAGUGGAAAUGACAUUACAGCUGAUCCUCAUGUGCUCCCGGCUACACAUCUCACUUACACUGAUGGAAAACGUGUCUUUGAGUACUUGAAUUCUACCAAGACUCCUUUGGCUCGCAUUACUCGUGUUAAGACGGUACAUGGAACAAAGCCAGCUCCAGUUAUGGCUGCUUUCUCAUCUCGGGGACCAAGUCCCAUUGAGCCAUCAAUCCUCAAGCCUGAUAUCACAGCACCAGGAGUGGAUAUAAUUGCUGCUUUUACUGGAGCAACUAGUCCAACUGACCCGUCUAAUAAGCCUCGCCCACGUUACAUUACAGAAUCUGGAACUUCUAUGUCAUGCCCUCAUGUAUCUGGAAUCGUUGGUCUUCUGAAAACACUCUACCCGACAUGGAGCCCUGCUGCUAUUAGAUCUGCAAUCAUAACCACAGCAAGAAGAUGGGACAAUGUAGGGGAGUCAAUUUUGGAUUCAACCAAGGAACCGGCAACACCAUUUGCUUAUGGUGCAGGCCAUGUUAAUCCGAAUCGCGCAGCAGAUCCGGGACUUGUCUAUGACUUAACUACCAAUGAUUACUUGAAUUUCUUAUUUCCUGAUCUUCAGGACAAACCAAUUACCAUUUAUAGAAGAGUGAAGAAUGUUGGUACUCCAGGCACAUAUGUAGCACAGGUUCAAGCACCAGCUGGAGUUUCUGUUUCGGUUCAGCCUAGCAAGCUGGAAUUUAAGUCUGUUGGUGAAGAGAAGGAAUUCAAGGUUACGCUGAAGGCGAAUAGUAAGGUUCGAAAUCAAGACUAUGUGUUUGGAGAAUUGAAAUGGUCUGAUGGCAAGCACUAUGUGACGAGUCCUAUUGCUGUGAUGCAAUACUAG